AUGCCUACUUCCGUUGGCACUGCACUCGGCGUAUGUGCUGUUUCGGGCUCUGUGCCGUUUUAUGCGCAUUUGUGUCGCCAUCGUAUUUAUACCCACAUAUAUAUAUAUAUAUGUAUGUAUAUAUAUAUAUAUAUAUCAUGCUUUUAUUUUCAUAUUUGCUUCUCUGCUUACGACUUUGUCUGUCUUCGCUGUGGUGGUCUGUUUCGGCACCUCUUCGCCCUCGCUGCGACAGCGGACCGGCUGCUGGAAACGUACACCUUCCCAGAAGCGUUGCGGACACUCGUGGACGUGGUGGCGAUUCACGAGGAGAGCCACAUGUUUGCGGUAAACACCAGCUACCCCGGCGUAACACCAGGUGCGACUCUCAGCGAUGCUUAUCUUGCUCGAUGCAAGCGUGUCGCUGAGGCUCGACUGACGCUUGGUGGCUACCGCCUCGGCUACCUUCUGAAUGAGCUGCUGCCGAGUAUCCCUGUGGACGAGGCCACACUGGAGGCGUACCGCGCUGCACGUUGGAAGCGGAGUGCGUAA